UGUUUGAUUGAUCCUGUCUGUCUGCCCUCACACUGUGCAGACAUGGCGGCGCUCUCGUCCCCUCUGCGAGUCUGUAGAGGAAUCCUGAAAGAGCUGCGAGCCAUCCACGGAGCAGCUUACAAGCAGGGCCCGAUGUACAGCUACGUCAUCGACCAGUUCCGGAAGAACCAGAUAACAGGAGAGAGGUACUGUCGAGCCCAGCAGGAGGCGCACCAUGACGCACACUCAUACCUGUGUUUGCUGGCGUCCACCAGGAGCCAAAUGAUCCUGCACAACAUUUACCACAGCAAAGAAGAGCGCAGCAUGGAGUCAGCAGCCGGCCUGGUGGGGCUCCGGCUGCCCACCCAGCCCGGAGGGAAAGGCUGGGAGAAGUGAGGAGGAGGAGGAGGGGACACAUCUGACUCUCUUUAGAAACGACUUUUGAUCCAUCUGGUCCAAAACAUACACACAAAUAUUUGACUGGAGGCUGGCAGACUGGAGCUUUGCUGUCAUGG